AUCCAUUUCAAUUUUGCAAAGAAAAAUGUCUACUUCUUGCAAAGAGUUUGCAAUCAGCCAAACUGUCCGAAAUAUCUCCCAAUUUCUGAAUGGAGAACAAUACUUCACUGAUGUGGAAGAACGAUUUAAUAUUCCAUGGAGAAUUAGAAUAUGGAGGCACAAUGGUUAUCUGGUAUUAUAUUUGCAAUGUGACAAAGAACAAUGUGAAACCAGAAAAUUGACCGUCGAAACUGAGUUUACAUUGAAGUUGGUAUCACCUUAUGGAACAAGUUUGGCAAGGAAUCAAGUGCACACAUUUGUAGAGCUGAAAGGGAGAGGUUGGCACAAAUUUAUCAGUUGGGAGGAACUGGAAAGUGACUAUGUAAUUGAUGACAGUACCAUAAUUGAAGCGCAUGUCAAGAUUAUUAAAGUUACAAAUAUCACGUGCAUUGCUCCCAAGAAUCUGAAAACAUUUAUGCUGAAUCGCAGUGUUAGAAAUGUUUCCAACAUUCGAGAAGGAAGUAGAUAUCAUACUAACACUGAAGUUCGUUUUGGUAUUCCAUGGUGUCUCGUGAUUCAAAGAAAAGAUGGAUUUUUCAAAUUAUUCCUACGAUGCUAUAAACAAGCGUCUAGAAUCAAUAAUUGGUCUAUCCGAGUUGAGUACACGCUAAAAUUGAUGUCAGUAGAUGGUCAGAGCCUACUAUUCAACACACAAUACACUUUCAAAGCUGGAUAUGAUAGCGGCUGGGAUAAAAUAAUCAGAUGGAAUGAUAUGGAGGAGAGAUUUAUGGUUAACGACAGUAUCAUUAUUGAAGUUCGCGCGAAGAUUGUAGAGAUGACUGGAUGUGAGGAUGAUGUAGAUGAUUUGAACGAAGAGUUCUCAUUUAUUAUGUGAUAACUGUACUAUUGGAAAGCAGAAUUACUCGGGUGAAACUCAUAUGAAUAAAUUUUUAUGAAAUUAAA